CGUUGCUCGUGAAAGCGUUGCGGCUACUACUCUGUCAUUCUUAUCCCAUUCCAUUCCAUCUCUCCCCCCGCAACACACAAAGGAGUCCUCUGGUCUGUGUAUUACCAUCUCUCCCACAUCAAAACCUUAUCGCAUCUUUUCUCCCUUUCUGCCCCCCGUAAACAUCGCUCGCCCGCGCCCGCGUCUCUUGUCCCCCAGCUGGCACGCAGCACGCAGCAGCAGCAGCACGCCAGAGGCGGUGCAAAGGACCUGGCAGCUCUCACCCGCAAUUCGUUUCGAGAAAUCUGAGCGUGCGCUUCGGCCCACUGCGCUCAUGUCCAUACUAUGCCCUUAUUCUCCAAACAUAACAAUCGUUCAAAGCAGGCGUUGAACGACCCUCCUGCCCUGGCAUCACAGCCGACCGCGACGGCGACGGCGAUUGCGAUUGCAGCCGCCCCCGCGACUGCACCUCCCAGUAUCGCGAGUUCAGCCUCCUCUCCAAUCGUCGACAAAUCUGCCACUGACGUUGACGAAGGACCAUCAACCCAACCUCAAGUCUUCACCCACCAGCAGCAGCAGCAGCAGCAGCAGCAACAACAACAACAGCUACCGCAACAGCAGCGACGCAAAUCCCUGCAGUACGCCGCAUCCCCCAAUCCUGCAAGGGAGGCGGGGAAUCCCACAUACCAAAACCAGACUUCUGGGGCUCCUGUUCGGUCGCAAUCCAUUCGAUAUUCCUAUCCAUACGCACAACAACAAGCCCUUGCCCAAGCCAACGGGUCGGCCGAUGAUCUAGCCCUCAACACGCAAAAAUACCAGCUGCAAUCCGCGAGCUCACAACCCCAGAGUCCUGUGGUAGAGCGGAAGAGGAACAGAGGCCUGUUCGAUCGGAUGAGAUCGUCGAAUCGUCCCCCAGACCAGAAAGCCUCGAAUCCUCACAGUACGGCUGGCCUCGGUCGCAGACUCUCAAAACGACCGGAAAACCCUCCAGUCAUUCGAACUGGUCAAAGCAACUCUCUCGACCAGCAACAACGCCUCGACCGGCAACCGCCCCAAGAUACGAGGUACCAUCUACCUUCUCCCCUGGAAGGCGCAGAGGAGGAUACUGGACUAGAUCCAUUCCUCAUUACGGAACCAGAACAGUUGGAAAUCCGAAGUCCUAUCCAAGAGCAGGCUCAACAACAUACAAUCAGACCUGUGCAGAGCGAGCUUGGCUCCGAUUCAUCGUCACAUCCCACAGACGACGAAGGACGCCAGCACCUCCAGGUGUCCCAGCAACAAUAUUCACUUGGCCAGGGACACCAGCAACAAUUCGACACGGCUCAACAUAAUCAUCACUACCAAUUACAGAACCAGGGCGAAGUGCAGAACCCCCAUCGCGACGCAUUGGGCAUCUCCUCCGAACGUCCCCCCCAAAACUUCGAGGUCGUCUCUGAGCUUCCGUACGAAGUGUCAACUGAACAGAGAGAAGAGCCUCCAGCAUCGGGACAGUCUAGCGGGCAUUCCCAAACCGGCAACGAUAACAUACAGCGUUCAGAGUAUCCUAAUCGGACCUCGUCAAUCCCUCAGGGAACCAGUCCCUUGUCUCAAUACCCUGCGAUGGCUCCAUCUACUGGAGCGUCGCAGCAACCUCGCCGCGGGCCUGAUGCCAAGCAGACCCUGCAAGGGAACCAAGGGCCACCAGAUUCCCGAGACGGACCCCCUCCUAGCUAUCGACAACAAUUCUCUGGGAAUUUAACACCUACAACCGGACCUGGACAGAGCCCUCUUCCUACCUCCAGCCAAGGGCCUGAUUACAGAGGGGGGCCACCACAAAGGGAGCAGUUUGGGCGAUCUGGCGGGGGAGAGCAAGGUAGAAGUACGCCUCCUCCAGCGCCGGCAGAGCGGGACGUCAACGAGGCGUACAAGGAAUUAUUACAAAAAUACAAGAAGGUAAAAGGCCUCUAUUUCGACAAGACAGCCCAAGUCGAACAACUCCAAAAUACUCUAGCCAACCAACGGUUAUCACAUUCACGCACUUCCCUCGAUGAUAACGAAUACAUGACAAGAUUUCAACGGCUAGACGGAGCCACUACUAACCUGGCUUUCAACAUACGGAAGGACUGGCGGUCGAUUCCCAGCUGGCUAGCGCCAUACGUGAAUCAAGAUGCGCUGAAGGUGGGCAAGCAAGAAAUGACAGCAGUAGGCAGGGCUUGUAUAACGCGGUUCCUUGUGGAUGAGAUAUUCAACAGGAGCUUUCACCCUGGGCUCGAGGGUGAGUUUAGCAGCAAUUUAAAGAUGAUCGAGCAAAACAUCCGUCGUUUCUCUCCAGCAAUAAAUAACCAAGAAGAGUCAGAUGCUCUGACGGCUAAAGUUAUCCACUGGAGGUUAUCAACGUUGGAAGGUCUGAGGGACACCCUGCAGUCGCCAGAGAGCGAAGAGUACCGGAAUCAGUUUUCUCAAGUGGCCACGACGAAUCUGACCGCGAACUUAAUAAACUUCUUAUCAGAACCGGCCCCAGCUGGCAUCGAGGAUAGCGCUCGCAUGAUCGUCGAACUGGCAGUCAGUAUUGCUUCCAAUCUACCACUUGAGAGCCGGGACAUCGCAAUUACCUACCCCAUGCCCGGCGAUCAACUGCAACCAAAUAUCAUGAAAGUCGAGACCGGCGGCGGCAUGCCGUCCCUCGAGAACCCCGGCGUGGAUCUCUCGGGUGACGUCGACGCCAGCAGCAUAACCAGCGGCGACAAGGACGAGUCGGCCAAGGAGGGCGAAAAAGCCGAGGGGAACAAGCUCCGCAAGGAGAAGCCAAAGAGCGGCGGUAACAUGCUGCAAUCCAUGAUGGCCGGGAACAACAAGAACCCGCAGAACGGCCCGGACACACCCAGCGAGUCGAAGGGCAAGCAAACCUCCGAGGAUGGACCCCAGAAGGUCCGAUUCGCGGGAUUCGUCGGUGUCGAGGUCAGAGGGAGACAGGUGUUGGCUAAGGCGCCCGUGUGGACGAUGAACUAGAGACUCGUCCAUGUAUAGAAAGAAGAAGAGUAAGAAGAGUAAUAAUGUAGCUUUCACGAGCGCGUCGUGUGAUGUGUGAGAUAUAGGGAUCAUCGGUAGGGCUGGAUGGGUGGUAAAGUCAUCAUCAUCAUCAUCAGUACCUAGGUAUGGAGUGAAGUGAAAAGGUGAAGCGUCUUCUAUGAGGUUAUGAGGUCCCAUGAUAGAUACCUGGUGCUAUUAUCGUACAUACAUACCUAUAGAUAAGGGUAUAUGUAUGUGAAACGAAUCUAUAAUAUUCUCUCGUUCGGGC